AUGAUGCCCCUGCUGCUUCUGUUGUUCAGCUAGCGGUAAUAGACACGGCAUAAGUGACAUUAAGAAUGUAACACUCCAUCAUUUUAUAUUUUUAAUCACUAAAAAAAAAGCUUUAAUUUGUGUGUUAAUUGUUGUUUUUUGGAGGGCGCAUGCGCGCGGCUUAUCGCUUCAGUGAGCCAGCGCAUCCUCACAUCUAACGCUAGCAUCUCCCUCUAGCACAGCCUGUCAGUACAGGUCAGUUAAAGGAAACAUGGAUUUGGUCAAAAACAGAACUUUGCACCAACAUCUCCGCGACGACGAGGCUCUGGUGGUGGAAAACGCCAUCCGGCUGGCCAUAGACUCGGUGAUAAACGUUUUGUACGGCGUAAACAGCGCCAAGAAUUACGAGUAUGAGCGGAUGGUGGCCGACAGGGACAAAGAGAUCCAGCGCCUGGAGUGCAGACUGACAGAGAUGGAGCACGAACUGCAGGUGCUGCGCCGGCAGGGAUGCACAUGCGGGCUGUUCAAGAACGAGCACAGCCUCGGCGGGUCCCGGAGCUCCGGUGACCGGCAGAAGGGAGAUCAGAGCGACUUUGACCCGGGAUGCGUUGACACCGAGCUGACAGCGGAGCAGCAGGACUGUGAGACGAGUUUAUCGUUGGUACGACUAAAAAUAUGUUCAUCUCUUCUGAUCCAUGUAGAAAAAAUGGAGACCGGAGAAGGAACGACGCUCAGGGAGAAACCACAGGCAGACCCGGGCGGAGCUGCAAUGACUGAGGCGGAGCACAUGAGGAACAAGAAGAAGAGCGUGCCAAUGUCGGAGCUGCCAGAGGAAGCUCAGAGACUGAAGAGGGCAGCCUGGAGAGCAGCUUCCAGACGAUAUUAUGCUCGAAAGAUAGCUCGCCAGCAGGCAAACCCAUCGCGAUCCAGCCACUUCCCCCACAUCGCAAACUCUCAGUAUUCACAGCCCAGCUCUUUUGUGGAUAAGAGGAGGAGGACGCUGAUAUCGGAGCUACCCGAAGAGUCGCAGACGCUGCAAAGGGAAGCUUGGAGAGCCGCAUCCAGGAGGUACUACGCUAGAAAAAUCGCUCGGCACCAGACGGAGACGACGCAGUACAGAAACCUGCUGGAGAACAUGAACCCAUCCGGAGACACGCAGGGACCCAACAGGGAAGGACCUCACAUGAACACUGGAGGAAUAAUGUGCAGCUGAUAGACAGCAGUUUUACAUUUUAGAUGUUUCUGUUCAGCAGGUUGGAGGCUCCCUUUUACUGCGGUGUGAAGAAUAAUGAAAUCUGACUGUUUGUGUUUUGGUGGCUUUGAAUUAACGAUGAUGGGAAUUGUCUCAGGUCUGAAUAACAUGAACCUGGUGUUUCAGAUGAGUCAUCUGUGCAUGUCCUCAGUUCAUGACCUCUUGAUGAUGUGUUAGGCAGCAGGAUUCAUCAGAAUCUUAGUACUAGCAACAUCGAACCUUUCACAUAUCACACAUUUCAAAAAGAUAUCAAACAAAGAAAUAU